GCUGUGGGCGGCGAGAGCUGGGUCUGCGCGGGCGGUAGGCAACGGCUGAGGCUGCGGCGGCGUGGGCUGGGCUCGAGCGGGCGGCAGUAUCUCAGACUCCCCGGAGCGGGAGCCCACGCGGGCGGGCGCCUGAAACAAAGAGAAGCGGGAGUCUGGGCGCCGCGGGGUGGGCGGUCAGUCGGUAGCACAGAACCAGCCGGCGGGUUUUACCCACGCCAGCCCGGAGCCCCGGCCGCCGCGGCCUUCGGGCGGGAAGAUGCCGCGCGUUGUGCCUGACCAGAGAAGCAAGUUCGAAAAUGAGGAGUUCUUCAGGAAGCUGAGCCGCGAGUGUGAGAUUAAAUACACGGGCUUCAGGGACCGGCCCCACGAGGAGCGCCAGACGCGCUUCCAGAACGCCUGCCGCGACGGCCGCUCGGAGAUCGCUUUUGUGGCCACAGGAACCAAUCUGUCUCUCCAGUUUUUUCCGGCCAGCUGGCAGGGAGAACAGCGACAAAUACCUAGCCGGGAGUAUGUCGACUUAGAAAGAGAAGCAGGCAAGGUGUAUUUGAAGGCUCCUAUGAUUCUGAAUGGAGUCUGUGUUAUCUGGAAAGGUUGGAUUGAUCUCCAGAGACUUGAUGGUAUGGGCUGUCUGGAGUUUGAUGAGGAACGAGCUCAGCAGGAGGAUGCAUUAGCACAACAAGCCUUUGAAGAGGCUCGGAGAAGGACACGUGAAUUUGAAGAUAGAGACCGUUCUCACCGGGAGGAAAUGGAGGUGAGAGUUUCACAGCUGCUGGCAGUAACUGGCAAGAAGACAGCAAGACCCUAGUCCUGGUUCCAAUUUAGGUGGUGGUGAUGAUCUCAAACUUCGUUAACAGCACAGCAAAUGUGCUUCCCACCUUUAUGUACUCAUUGUUUCUAGUUGGCAGAAAAGAAUUCAUUAUAAGACCAGAAACUGUGAUAGCUGGAGGUACCACAGUCGAUUUCUCAACCCAAGGCAGUAAAAGACACCACAAACUGCCAUGGUUUUGCACUAUGAUUAUCAUACAUGCAUUUCUAAUGUUUAAAGCAUGUAGCCAGUAAUAAUUUGAAAUUUUUUUCUAUGCAAGCUUACCUUGUUGGCAUUAUUUUAGAUGAGUGAAACUAUCCAUUUGUAAAGCUUUUUUUUUCCCUCCAUUUUAAUUUAAAAGUUCAUGUCGUUUUUUUUUAAGAAGUUAAAAUUUCUAUCAAAGCGUUUUCUUUAGUUGCAUUUUUAUACUGUUAGAUGUGUUAUACAGCUUAUUUUUAGAAGGGCAUUCUUGGUUUGUUUGGUUUUUUUUUUCCCUCCUCAUUUCCUUUUGUGUUUUUAUAGUCUAGAGCAUUUUUAAAUUGUUGAUAUGUUCGCAUUAUUUACAACCUAAAAAACCUAGUAGCAUAGAGCUGUCUGCUACAGCCUUCUAACAAAGUUUACAGUUGUUAAGGUUUCAGUAUCCUUUUAAAUGCUAAUCAGCACCCUUCCUUUAAAACAUUAAAUUUUUAAAUUGGAUAUUAAUUUUAGCCUGCCCUAGAUUUGUUUUAAAUUCUGUUCUGUAAUCAUGACUUUGGGUGGAGAUACUCUCCUAGAUAAUACUACUCUACUGAAAUGCCUAAAAGAAGUCGCAGGCUGGCUUCUGUUUUAUUCAGGGAUUUUUUUUUUUUUAAACCAAUCAAUAAAGGGAUACUGGAGCUUCUUCAUGUAUUUUACAGCAUAUUAAACUGGAGACAGUGAUGACAGCUACAAAGGUAUAUUAAAAUCAUAUUUAAUAUAGCUGCUUUUAUGUGUAUUUUAUAUUUGCAUGCCUUUGUAGAAACAAUACUGGGUGAAGAAAGAUUAGUCUUAGAAAAUGUUCAUCUAUUCAGAGGAUACAUUUUCUUCCAUUAAUUGUCCUGGGAAAACAUUGAGUUAUAGAUGAUAUUUUGCAAAAGGACUUAUUAGCACCUUUUGAGAUUAAUUAGUGUAAGAUUAUUUUUAAAUAAGCUUACUGUCAAAUUGCAACUUUUUUUAAAAUAUAAGACUGGAAAAAGUGCUGAGUCAUUUGGCACAUCCUUACAAAUACCUUUCAUGGUAAAUAAUUCAUUAAAUGUUACUACUACAUUUACGGAUUUUUUGCAAAAAUGUUUGCAAAAGUGUAUUUUAUCAUAAUAGAAUGGCAUUAUUUUAAAGAGUUUGAAAAACUGACAGUUCAGAAAGUGAAGUCUGAAUAAGGUCAUUACAUUUAAAAAGCAUAUAAAUAUACUUGAUUGAUGAAGGAGGUGUGACUUUUAUUGUAUAUAGGUCUUACAAGUCUUAAACAGAUAACUGUAUCUCAGAAUAAAAAUAUUUGUUAUAUAUUUGAAGUCAUGCAUGGUAAGGAGUGUGUCUAAAUUGUUGUAAACAGUGCAUCAUAAAAGGCCAUGUUGAUCUUGUGUAACACAGUCCUAUAAAUGAAUUUGGUUGGUAUUUGGUGUUGUACAUCUCACAUGUUUACACACUCAGUGCCCUAAUUUCCCAUGGGGAAUUACCUUCUAAGUGGUCCUUACAAUGGUGUUGUAAGGUUACUUUUAUUACAGGGCUCCUUGUUUUUUGACUUCUGCACAUACUUUUUUAAAAAAAUAACAUGUUAUUGCUACAUUCUUCUCUGUUGCUUCUAUUCGAGGGCUUCAGCCCAUCAGUAAAUAAAGUCAGUUGCUAUUGUGUUCCUGUUGCCAUCUUUCUGUAAAUAUUGAAAUCUUCCUAUCAUUUAGCACUGUACUACUUGUCUUAAUGCUGGCAUUAAGAUCAUAAGCCUUUUUCUCUAGUAGUGAAGCCUUUGGAAACUACAUUUUUUAAGUUAUUGAUGCAAUUUGAUAUUUUUUCAUAGUCUGUAUUUAAAUGAAAUUACAUCAUUGCAUCAUCUUUUCUAAAUUCAUCUCCAUUUUAAAACUUGCCUUAAGCUACAAGAUUACUUUUGCCACCAUUAGCCAUAGUGUUUGUUGUGUGUUUAAUUUACCUUCACAAUAAACUGUGUAAUGAAAACAG